AUGCAAGAUGUCAACCUGUCUGGAGAUACUCUUUCAAAAGUCAUUAUGGUGGGAGACUCCAAUGUAGGUAAAACUGCCAUAUUAAAGAGAUUAACUGAGGACAAUUUCCAUGCUUCAUUCAUACCCACAAUAGGGAUCGAUUUCAGAGUAAAAACUAUCAAGAUAAAUGAGAACAACACAAUUAAGCUGCAAAUAUGGGAUACAGCUGGCCAGGAACGAUUCCAUGCUCUGACAACUCACUAUUUUCAAGGAUCAAAUGGCCUUAUGCUUGUCUAUGAUAUUACAAAUUUAAAAACGUUCACCAAUAUUACCUAUUGGAUUAAAGACACUAAUGAGUAUGCAGGAAAUAAUGUUGGACGAAUAUUGAUCGGUAAUAAAUGUGACAUGCUAGCAGCACGUCAAGUUUCAUGGGACAAUGGAAAAAGGCUCGCUCAGGAAAAUGGAAUGCAAUUCUUUGAGACCAGUGCAAAAGAAGACAUGAACAUUGAGAAAGCAUUUGCAACCCUUGGAGAAGAAAUAAUAAAAAAGGUGUGA